AUGGACAAGGAUGGUACCUUAAAAAUCGAUUGGGAUGAAUGGCGAGAGUAUCUGCUUCUACAUCCAAGCCAAAGUAUCCAUGAUAUCAUUGCUUAUUGGAGACACUCUACAGUGAUUGACAUUGGUGAAAAUGUUAUUGUACCAGAUGACUUUACUGAGAAAGAGCUGCAAACGGGGAUGUGGUGGCGCCACCUGGUGGCUGGUGGUGCUGCUGGAGCUGUGUCCCGAACAUGCACUGCCCCCCUUGACCGCUUGAAAGUUCUUCAGCAGGUGCAUGGAAAAUCAGGAAUCCGUUCAGGUUUUAAGCAUAUGUUAGAAGAGGGUGGAGUUAAAUCUCUCUGGAGAGGAAAUGGGAUCAAUGUUUUUAAAAUUGCUCCAGAGACUGCCAUUAAAUUUUCAUGUUAUGAAAAUGUAAGUAUGAAAACUCAGUUUUUGUUCAUUUGCAUUACUGUCUGCAUCCUUUCUAUUCUGAAAGGAUGCAAACAAAAAAAUAAAAAAUGA